AUGCAAAUACCAAGUUCCGCUAGAGCGACGACAUCGGUGCGUCCAGUACCGCCCCAUCUGCACCGUCGACACGACCGCCAGCCCGAGCGCUCGUCACUGCACCAGCGCGCGACCGAUGCGAAUGCAACACGAAGCUUUGUGCGAGCGACUAUUUUGGCAGUGGAAGACGAUGCAUGCGCGAGUCUGCGAGGGUCCGGGCCUGAAAAGGUACUGGAACUUACGCUCACAUCUGAUCCGCUCGGUGCUCCUCCUAUGCGUUGUCAGAGCCUGUAUGCUGGAGCGGAUGAGUCUCCAGUCCCUGGACGUGCGUACCUGCGUGACGAGUGGUAUGGGUGUGCGGUGCAAGCGGGCGACGUGGUACAUCUGAUCGGCGCAUGGGCAUGGGUCGAGGGUGUGCGAUCCAUCACACUCGGUACGUUCGGCCCCGCAUCCGCGCCUGAGCAGAGCCACCUGCUGAUCCACCAUCCUGAUAUAAUCAUCUCUGCUUCUCGACUCGCGGGUGUUACAAGCUGCAUGCGCAAGCCCAUGCUUCAGGAACGCGUUCGCUCACCCAGCGAUGCUAGUUAUGUGGCUGUCCUCGGCACAAUGAUCCACGGCCUUCUCCAGGCAUGUUUACUAGCCGAGCAAGCCCCUACUAAGGAAUUCAGCGAAGUGUCACCUCGAGCCGAGGCGCCCGCCGCGUGGGCGCACCUCGGCAACUUUACACACGCACUACUGACGGCUGAGGUGGAGCGCCAGCUGCGCCUGCAGCGCGCGGCACUUGUCCUAGUACAGGCCAGCACGGCCAAGGCUCGCGAGGAUCUGUGGGCGGCGGUACCGAGCCUCGUCGCGUUUGGCCGCUCGUACCUGGCGACGCGCGAUGCUGGCGACGCGUCUGGGCCAUGGGGCCCGAUCGAGGACCGACGCACGGAGUCUGUGGUGCACGCACAAAUUGUCCGCAUCCUCGGCGCAGAGAGUGAUGUCGUGUCCCCCAUGUACGGCCUCAAAGGCCGCGUGGAUCUUGUUGUCGAGACUGUGUUCCGUACUGACACAGGCACGACGCGCGCGCUACUCCCUGUUGAGGUCAAGACUGGCCGGGUGUCGACCAGUAUGGAGCACAUGGCGCAGACGAGCCUCUAUACCCUGCUGCUCGCAGAUCAAUACGGCUUGCCUGUCGACGCCGGCCUGCUCCUCUAUGCCCAGGCGGGGGUGCUCCGCCGAAUCCCACGCGCUACGAAAGAAGUGCGCAGCCUGAUUCUGGCGCGCAACGAGAUGGCCGCGUACCGCCGGACUAUGCCGCCCCUCCCGCCACUUAAUGCGCCUGAUGUGCUACUCAACAUAGCGUGCACUGCAGGGCCGACGCCAGUGCCUACCUCGCCCACUUCUGUCGACAGCUUUGACGAGUUUGACGACGUAGCGCUGGCUGCACUCGAGCCCCUGGAAGCGCCGGUGCCGUUUCUACCGCCCACCAUUGACAGUGCGUACAAGUGCGAGCGGUGCUAUGCGCGCGAAGCCUGCCUUCUGUACCGCUGCGCUGUCGAGAAAGUGUCUGAUACCGACUCUCCGGUUGCGGAGCUGUACCGUGCAUCGACACAGCAUUUGACACACACUGAUACGACCUUUUUUGCGCGAUGGGACGCACUGCUCUCGCACGAGGAGCGCACGCUCCAGAUGUACCAGCGCGAAAUGUGGACGCUUGCCCCCGCUGAGCGCGUGCAGCGCGGUCGUUGCAUACUGGACGCGCAGCUGGAGCACGCUGACGACGAUUGCUGCGUCCUCGUCGUGCACAAUGAGGCGGCACACCUCCGCACAGAUGACAUGGUCGCCCUGGCCCUGCAUACACCGCAGCCUACGUUUCUCACGCGCGGGCGCAUCGCGUGCGUAUCCGCGGACCGCGUGCACAUCCGCACCGAGGCGCCCCUGCCCCACAUCCUCGCGCACAUUCGCGCGUGGAACGGAUGGUCCACAUCGCAGCCGCUCACUUUCCGCCUUGAUGCCGACGAGCUUAUGACGAUGAUGAGCGUGCCGCGGUAUAAUCUGGCCUGUCUCUUUUACGCACAGGCGCCGCGACGUGUACAGCAGCUGCGCGAGCGCGUCGUGUCUUUGCGUGCGCCGACGUGGGUGCCACUGGGUGAACGUACGCGCCUGAGCCUCGAGCGUCACGCACACGCCUGUGAUGCAUUGCAGCGCGCCACUGUGGAGCGUGCGCUGACAGCCCAGGAUUAUGCGCUAGUGCUCGGCAUGCCCGGCACUGGCAAGUCAACGACUAUUGCCGUACUGGUACGCAUUCUUCUGGAGCUUGGGCAGUCUGUGUUGCUAUGCAGCCACACACAUUCGGCUGUCGACACGAUCGUGGCCAAGUUGCUCGACGUGCCCGUCGUGCGCAUCGGCCCCGUCCACCGCAUUCACCCGCGAGUCCAGGCGUGUGCGCUCGACCGUCAGGUGGCCGCGGACGCAAGCGCUGAGGAAUUACAGGCGCAUGUGGCCUCUGCGCCGCUCGUGGCUGCUACGUGCCUGGGUACGAGCGACGCUGCGCUCGCACACCGCUCGUUUGACGUGUGCAUCGUGGAUGAGGCAAGCCAGAUUACGUUGCCAACGACCCUGGGGCCACUGCGCCUGUGUGAGCGGUUUGUGCUGGUGGGUGACUCGCACCAGCUGCCGCCGCUCGUGCGCGAUCCUGAUGCUCUGGCACAUGGUCUGGCAACAAGUCUCUUUGAGCGUCUAAGCACGGCCCACCCCCAGGCUGUCACCGCGCUGUGUGCGCAGUACCGCAUGAACGAGGCGAUCAUGUCGCUCAGUAAUGGCCUCGUAUACGACGGGCAACUUCAAUGCGGAAACGACCGUGUCGCGCAUGCCACGCUUGACCUGCGCAGUGCGGAGGCGCCUGCACCAUGGCUCGCUGAGGCACUCGCGCCUGCGCACCCUGUCGUUUGGGUCAAUACAGAUGCGGCGGACGCUGCUGAGCGCCGCCAAGAUGGUGCAUUGGACAAUGAGCGCGAAGCCGCAUGCGUGAGUGCCUUGGUUCACGCACUUGUACAAGGCGGCAUUGAGCUCUGUGAUAUGGGUGUGCUGACACCGUAUCGACAGCAAGUUGCUUGUCUGCGUGCAGUGUGCGCCUGUGAGGUGCUCACGCUCGAUCAGGCACAAGGCCGCGACUGGUCCGUCGUGCUCGUGUCGCUUGUGCGAUCAAACGAGGCCGGUGUAGUGGGGGAGCUGCUGCGGGAUCGGCGGCGCAUUAAUGUCAUGCUGAGUCGCGCUAAAACGAAGCUGGUGCUGGUCGGCAGCCUGCGGACCAUGUCGAGUACGGCGUCCUCUGCGCCGAUGCGAUACGUCGCGAGCGAGGUCCAAGCAAACCAUACGGUCGUGGCCUGGGCACCCGGUGAGGAGCCGGCUCAGGUCGCAGUAUGCCACCCUGCGAAGCGUGCGCGGCGUGCGACGCCCGUAGGGCUGGUGCGCGAGGUGUUGGAGGAGCACGGACAUGCUGUGCCUUAG